UUCAGGACAAAUAUCCAACCAGCUCUCAAAACCAUGUCAUCUCUUCCAUAUCAUGAACCUGACAUAAUUACGCUCCUCACCCAAUCGUCCUUUCUUCUGCUUCUGAAUAUCAUUGAUUAUCUAUUGAACCAUGCGCUCUACUGCGGCCUCCUAGGACAAGUCCUACUCGGGAUCGCCUUCGGAGCCCCAGGCGGAAAUCUUCUCUCCUAUCAAGCACAGGAGAUAAUCGUUCAACUUGGUUAUAUAGGCUUGAUUCUACUAGUCUACGAAGGCGGUCUCUCCGUCCCAUUGACGUCACUUAAAGCGAACAUCGGCCUUUCCAUCGGAGUUGCCGUGACAGGUAUUGUCGUUCCCAUUGGCUUAUCAUUCGUUCUCCAGCCGUUACUCGAUGCGUCCCCCCUUCAAGCCUUCGCCGCGGGUGCAGCCCUGUGUUCGACAAGCCUGGGAACGACCUUCACCGUACUCAGCACCAGUGGACUGACCAACACGCGGCUCGGUUCGGUCCUCAGCACUGCGGCCAUGAUGGACGAUGUUGUCGGGCUUGUAAUGGUUCAGGUGAUAUCAAACUUCGGGUCGUCUUCCAACAUGGUGGACCCCGUUACCGUUGUUCGUCCCAUUGUUGUAUCCCUCGGGUUCGCGAUUGUGGUGCCGUUGCUCUGCCGGUAUGUUGUGCGGCCUGUACGACGUGCUCUUCACGGUAAAACCUUUGCGUAUAAAGUGCGAGCCAUUUUCGCCUAUCGGAGAGCGCGGUUUGUACUCCAUUCCAUUUUCCUAUUCGGACUCGUUGCCGCGGCGAGUUACAGUGGAACCUCGGUUCUCUUCGCGGCCUAUCUCUCAGGGGCUAUAGUGAACUGGUGGGAUAGCGAACCGGCUAUGGCUCCGACAACUAGCGGAGCAGUUUCGGAGCCGGUAGUCGGUAAUAUAACGGGGGGUAAUGCGGUUGGUGGACGGGCCGAAGGGAUGGCAGGAAAAGAUGUAGCUACGUCAGGGAUUCCCGUCAGCAGUGCGGAUGCGGGUAUAGAUCUGAAUGGACUCUCCGGUAUGAGUACCUAUCAAUCAUACCUUUCCCAACCGGUAGCAAGGUUGCUGCGCCCGUUCUUCUUCGCCAGCAUUGGCUUCUCCAUUCCCAUAUCCGAUCUUUUCCAAGGCGCGGUACUUUGGCGUGGAGUUGUUUAUACUCUUCUUAUGAUCGUCGGAAAGCUAGUGUGUGGCACCUGGCUUGUCCGAUUGCUGCGUCUUUCCGGGACGAGUAUCAGUGGCACUCCGCUAUUUACUCGCUUUCGGAGACGUCUCGCGAUGAAGUUGCUACGACGGAAGUCCCCUGAGGAAAAGGAAACCCCGAGGCCGCAGGAGAAGAGCGAGAGUGCGGCCCAGAGUAGGGGAAGUCCGACUCCGAUUGAAGGGGUAGAGUCAGAAUCAGAACCCAAUCAGCCAUCCACGCCGCAUGAAGCCCCUGUAUCCCUCUAUCCUGGAGCCAUUCUCGGAUGUGCGAUGGUUUCCCGCGGGGAAAUCGGAUUCCUGAUCUCCUCGGUCGCGGAGAGUCAAGGCAUCUGGCGAAAAAGGGGGACUGAAGCCAGUGGCCAAAGUACAGAAUCCAGCAGUGAUAUAUUUGUCAUAGUGACGUGGGCCAUAUUGCUGUGUACAUUUAUCGGCCCCAUCGCCGUUGGGCUCAUUGUACGGCGUCUCAAACGACUGAAACGAGCCGCUGAGCCUGGGAGGAGGAAUGUGUUAGGUUCGUGGGGAGUGGAUUGAGAUUCACAAGGGGAUGAGUAUUUACUUAUAGGUUGAGG